GCUUUGAACGCAGCAUUUACGCCCCUCUGGGCCGUGUUAUCGCGUCUUCUCGCGAGAACGCCGCCCGGUCACGAAGCUAACGCAGCGCAACAUGGCGGAAGAGGAGGUGGCCAAGCUGCAGAAGCAUCUGGCCCUGCUGAGGCAGGAGUACGUGAAGAUGCAGCAGAAACUGGCCGACACCGAGAGACGCUGCACUGUCCUUGCUGCUCAAGUGUCUGUCCAAGGCCCCACCAGCCCAGCAUCCGGAGACACAUUUAUUAGCCGUCUUCUGGACAUUGUGUCAGACCUGUAUCAGCAGGAACAAUACAGUGAUUUGAAAGUGAAAAUUGCAGGGAAUAAUCUCAGUGCUCAUAAAUUCGUACUAGCUGCUCGGAGUGAUGUCUGGAGUCUCACUAAUAUGGCCACCACCUCUGAACUGGACCUAUCUGAUUGCAAACCUGAGGUUGCUAUGGCAAUGUUGCGCUGGGCAUACACAGAUGAGUUGGAGCUGAGUGAAGAUGACGCCUUUCUCAUUGACUUGAUGAAGUUGGCCAACCGAUUUCAGCUUCAGCUGCUCAGAGAAAGGUGUGAAAAAGGUGUCAUGUCCUCCGUGAACGUCAGGAACUGCAUUCGCUUCUAUCAAACGGCCGAGGAGCUAAAUGCCGCGACUCUGAUGAACUACUGUGGAGAGAUCAUAGCCAGUCACUGGGAUGAUCUGAGGAAAGAAGAUUUCAGCACCAUGAGCGCCCAACUUUUGUACAAGAUGAUAAAGUCUAAAACGGACUACCCUCUCCACAAAGCCAUCAAAGUUGAGCGAGAAGAUGUGGUUUUCCUCUAUCUCAUUGAAAUGGACUCUCAGUUGCCGGGCAAGCUGAAUGAACUGGACAACAACGGAGAUCUAGCUCUAGACUUGGCACUGUCCCGGAAAUUGGAAAGUAUUGCCACCACUUUGGUUAACAACAAAGCAGAUGUGGAUAUGGUGGACCAGAGUGGAUGGAGUCUUCUGCAUAAGGCAAUCCAAAGAGGUGAUGAAUUUGCCUCCAUCUUCCUUAUUCGUCACUCAGCUCAGGUCAACGCCGCCACUGUGGGAGCGGUGGAAACCCCUCUUCACCUCGUUUGUUCUUUCAGCCCCAAGAAACACUCGACAGAAGUGAUGAGUGGCAUGGCACGGAUUGCGGAAGCUCUGCUCAAGGCAGGAGCCAACCCCAACAUGCAGAACAGCAAGGGCAGAACUCCCUUACAUGAAGCUGUGGCUUCUGGGAAUGAGCCAGUGUUCACUCAACUACUACAGUGCAGACAGCUUGACCUGGAGCUGAAAGACCAUGAGGGCAGCACAGCUUUGUGGUUGGCUUUGCAGUAUAUCACCAUGUCUUCAGACACCUCCGUAAAUCCAUUCGAUGAUGAUGCGCCAGUUGUGAACGGCACUUCAUUUGAUGAGAACAGCUUUGCGGCACAAUUAAUCCUGAGAGGGAGCAAUGCCGACGGGCCUGACGCAUCAACAGGAAACUGCCUAAUGCAAAGAGCAGCUUGUGCUGCCAAUGAGGCAGCCGCUCUUUUCCUAGCCACUCAUGGGGCAAAAGUCAACCAUAUUAACAAAUGGGGAGAAAGCCCUCUUCAUACAGCAUGCCGCUUUGGCCUUGCGAACCUUACAGCAGAGCUCCUCCAGCAGGGGGCAAACCCCAACCUGCAAACCCUCAAGGCUCUGCCUGAUGACACCCUUGGUGUGGCUACACAGACCCCCCUCCACAUGGCCAUUGCUCACAACCAUCCAGAUGUGGUCUCUGUCAUCCUUGAGCAAAAAGCAAAUGCACUUCAUGCCUCCAAUAAUUUCCAAAUCAUUCCAGACUUCAGUCUCAAAGACUCUUUGGACCAAACAGUAUUGGGCUUGGCCCUAUGGACAGGUAUGCACACCAUUGCUGCUCAGCUCCUGGGCUCAGGAGCUUCUAUCAAUGACGCCAUGUCCAAUGGACAAACCUUACUUCACAUGGCCAUCCAAAGACAAGACAGCAAGAGUGCCCUUUUCCUUCUUGAGCACCAGGCAGACAUCAAUGUUAGGACCCAGGAGGGGCAAACAGCACUGCAGUUGGCCAUCAGUAACCAGCUGCCACUAGUAGUGGAUGCUAUUUGCACAAGAGGAGCUGAUAUGUCCGUCAUGGAUGACAAAGGGGACCCUCCAUUAUGGCUCGCUCUGGAGAAUGGCCUGGAGGAUAUUGCAUCCACGCUGGUUCGCCAUGGCUGUGAUGCGACAUGUUGGAGCAAAGGCCCUUCUGGCUGCCAACAGACCCUCCUGCACAGAGCCGUUGAUGAGAACAAUGAGGUCUCGGCUUGCUUUCUCAUCCGCAGUGGUUGCGAUGUGAACAGCCCGAGGCGGCCAGGCCCAAAUGGAGAAGGAGAAGAAGAAGCCCGAGAUGGCCAAAUGCCUCUCCACCUUGCAAGCAGCUGGGGACUGGAGGAGGUAGUGCAGUGCCUUCUAGAGUUUGGAGCUAAUGUGAAUACGCAGGAUGCAGAGGGUAGAACUCCUAUCCAUGCUGCCAUUAGCAGCCAGCACAACAUAAUUAUACAGCUCCUGAUUUCCCACCCAGACAUCCGUCUUAACAUACGUGACCGCCAAGGGAUGACACCCUUUGCCUGCGCCAUGACGCACAAGAACAACAAGGCAGCAGAAGCGAUCCUCAAAAGGGAGUCAGGUGCUGCUGAACAGGUUGACAAUAAAGGGCGUAAUUUCCUCCAUGUGGCGGUGCAAAAUUCAGAUAUCGAAAGUGUUCUGUUCCUCAUUAGUGUACAAGCUAAUGUGAACUCCAGGGUUCAGGACGCUGCCAAACUCACCCCUCUCCACUUGGCUGUGCAAGCUGGGUCUGAGAUCAUUGUCCGAAACCUGCUGCUUGCUGGGGCCAAAGUAAAUGAGCUGACCAAACACCGGCAGACCGCCCUGCAUUUGGCUGCUCAACAAGACUUGGCCACCAUUUGCUCUGUGCUCUUGGAGAAUGGCAUUGACUUUGCUGCUGAGGAUGAGAAUGGCAAUAACGCUCUUCAUCUGGCAGUGAUGCAUGGCCGCCUUAACAAUAUCAGAUCCCUUCUCACGGAGUCCAACAUCGAUGCUGAGGCCUUUAAUCUCAGGGGUCAGUCACCAAUGCACGUUUUAGGCCACUACGGUAAAGAAAACGCUGCUGCCAUUUUUGAGUUGUUCCUGGAGUGUAUGCCCGAAUACCCUUUGGACAAGCCAGAUAAUGAAGGGAAUGCAGUUUUGCUCCUGGCCUAUAUGAAAGGAAACGCUAACCUGUGCCGUGCCAUUGUGAGGGCUGGUGCUCGCCUGGGAAUAAAUAAUAAUCAGGGCGUCAACAUUUUCAACUACCAAGUAGCAACUAAACAGUUGCUUUUCCGCCUUCUUGAUAUGCUGUCCAAAGAGCCGCCUUGGUGUGACGGGUCCAAUUGCUAUGAAUGUGUUGCCAAGUUUGGAGUUACAACAAGGAAACAUCACUGCCGUCACUGUGGACGCCUCUUGUGCCACAAGUGCUCUAUAAAGGAGAUACCCAUCAUCAAGUUUGACUUGAACAAGCCAGUGAGGGUGUGUGACAUCUGCUUUGACGUACUAACUCUCGGUGGCGUGUCAUAAUGCAGUAGCCUGGAUAUCCCCCACCUGCUAAUGCUGGACAGGCCCCGCGGGGCCCAACUUAGCAGUUAAUGGGUCCAUCACAAGGGACAUCGGUAGCAGGACAUACUAACGAGAGUAGUUUGGUCAAUUCUGGACCACUGUCUUUGUACUACUCCAGCCUUGUGAAAAAGCAUUCAUGUUUUAGCGGGACAUUUAUUCAUUUUGUCGUGCAAAGUGUCAAAUAAAUACAAAUGAAUAAAAAGCA